AUGGCAGCUUAUUAUCCAGAAGUACCAUCAUAUUCACAACAAAAAUCAAUGAACUCCUUCCUGAAAACAUUUUCCGAAUUCUAUCCAUGUUGGUAUUGUGCAGAACAUUUAAGGAAUGAGAUGAAAAAGUAUCCACCAAAAGUCGAAAGUAAAUGGGCAUUAGGAGGGUGGUUAUGUGAUAUGCAUAAUAUUGUUAAUGAUAGAUUAGGCAAGACAUUAUUUGAUUGUAGUAAAAUUGAUGAGAGAUGGAAAGAUGGUCCAAAGGAUGUUGGACAAAAGUGUUUUACACAUGGUGAUGUUAAAAGUACUUAUGGAACAGGAUGCUUUAUGUUAUUCAAUAGUGGUAAAGAUCCUGUCAUUUCUGAAUCAGGACUCCUCACAACAGUUGGUUAUAAAUUUGGUAGUCAGGAUGCCAUCUAUGUUUUAGAAGGUUCAAUUGCUGUGGCUGUAAAAAAUACUGGUGGUGUUUAUUUUGUCACUGCAUUUUCUGGCCUAUUCACUCCUUAUUGGCAUGAUGAUGCAUGUUGCUGUAUUGUUGACAUUCUUAAUAUUGAGGUUAAUUGUCCUGCUAUGAGAGAAACAACAGCACUUGGUGCUGCUAUUGCUGCUGGUUUUGCUGUUAAAAUUUGGAACUCUUUAGAUGAUUUGAAAAAUGUUAAUACCAAAGGCCAUACCAUCUUUUCUCCAAUGAAGAGGCUCAAAUUAAAUUUGAACAAUGGGAAAAGGCUGAUCAAAGAAGUUUAG